AUGAGUGAAUAAUAAACACCUAAUCGAGGGAGAUUUUUAUCACCUUAACCAGGUAAUUAACAAUCAAGAGUCAAUUCUGAAAGUCACAUUAUCAUUCCUAAUGAUAAGAUGAAGAGAUCUAAUGCAGGAGGGUCAAGCGUAAGAGUAAUUAAUUCAGUAAACAAUGUUCUUAAUCCAUUAGCCUCCUGUUGCUAUGACAUAAUCAGCUGUAGUAAAUCAGUUAGAGUACUUUUAAAUGCCUAAUGGAGCCAUAUAACCUAUGAUAACAUCAAGGGUAGUACCUACACUUGUUAGACCAUAAUAAAGUAAUGAUUAUUAAGAUAAUUGUUAGCCAUUAUCAUUAAGUAAGAUGGAGAUGGGUCUGACUUGGAUAAGGUUAAUUAACUGUAAAUAGAAGUAGAGUAAUGGAAAGCAAGAUUCUUUGCUCUUCAAAUUACAAGCGGCGGCACAGGAUUGGAAGAGCUAGUAUUUAAUGAAAAUAAACAUUUUAGACUGGAAUGUAUGAGAUGAGACUUAAGAUACUGUCAGAUGAAAAUGGGAAGUUGUUAGCAUUAAUAAAACAACUUAUUAAUGAAAACGAAUAAAAAGACUUAGCAAUUGCGUAAAGAGAUAAUAAAAUUUAUUAACUUGAAUUAAAUCAACAUGAACAUAAUGCUCUUUAAGAGUUACUUAAGAAAAAACAAGAUGAAAAUUUAGAGGUAAUAUUUAUUUGAAUUUUCAGUUAAGAGGAAAAUUAUAAGGAUUGGAGGAAUUAUUGAUUGAUGCAAGAAAAUAAGAAAUUGAAAACUUUGAAUUAUAAAGUAAGAUUAAGAAUUUAGAAAAUGAAUUGGCUAUGUGGAAAGAUAAAUUCAAGUUAUCUGAAGAAGAUAGAAACAGAUUAUUAUAAGAAUUAAGAGAAUUAUUGGAAAGAAUGAAUCAAUUAAAUUUGGAUACAGUUAAGAGAGGUCAAUUAUCAACUAUGGAUUUAUUAGAGGAUGAGAAUAAGAAAUUAAGAGAUUAAAUUAAUUAAAUAUUAAAUGAUUUAGAUUAAUGGAGAAAAAAGGCAUUAGCAUUAGAAUUAUAAGUAUUUGAUCUUUAGGUUCAAGUAACUGAUUAAGAUAAUAAUAAUAAAUUAUUAGUUAGAGAAAUUGAAAGAUUAAAUCAAUAAUUAGCAUCAAAAUAAUAAGAAAUAGAAAGAUUAAAGACAAAGUAAUAAAUAAUAUAUAAUUAGUCUCUAAUAAGCUGAAGAUCAUAUCAAAGAAUUAUAAGGGUUAAAACAAUAAAUCUAAGAGAAACAAAGAGUAAUUGAUGAAUUAAAAAGAAAAAAUGAUGAAUAAGGUAAAUAGAUUCUUGAGGGUGAGAAGUUGAAAAAGUAAUUAGAUUAGAUUAGAGGUUAAAAUUAGGAUUUGUAAAAGUAGAAUGGUGUAUUAAAUUAUUAAAUUGAUUAAUUAAAUAGAACACUUGAAAAUAAGUAGUAAGCAUAUGAUAAACUUAAUAAUAAAUUAAAAUUUGUAGAAAAUGAUAAUAAUACUUUAAGAUAAUAGGUUUUAGAAAUUAAUGAAUUAUAAAUUGAAAAAUAAAGUUUAUUAUCAGAAUUGUCAUCAUUAGAUAAAGAACUUAAAUUAAAGACUGAAUAAUUAACUAAUGUUGAAAAAGAAUUAUAAAAUUUAUAAGAGAAAUUACAAUAAUUAAGAAUACUUGAAUUGGAUUUAAAUAGAGCUAAGUCUUAAUUGGAUAUGAAAGACAGAGACAUUGCAGAAUUAAGAAAGUAAAUUAAAGAUUUGACUGUUAAAAACUUUGAAUUGGAAUAAAGAUUAAAAGAAUUGAUAAAUAAAGAAACAGAAUAUUUGAAGAUUUUCUAAUAAUGUGAAACUUAUAAAUCAUUAAAUGAUCAACUUAAUUUAUAAUUAGCUUAAUUAGAAGCAGAAAAUCAACAAUUAUAGUCAUAAGUUGAUGGAUUAGGAGAAUUAUAAAGUUAAUUGAAAGUUUUAUAAUAAAAAUAUGAAUAGACACUUAAAAUAAAUUCAGAUUUAAGUUCAAGAAAUUAAUAAUUAUAAUAAUAAUUCUAAAAUAUAUAAUAAUAAAAGAAUGUUAAUAAUUUAAGAGAUAAUUAAAUUAAUAUUGAAUUAUAAAGAAAUAAUACACUUUUAAAUUAAAAAUCAUAAUAAAUAGAAGAUUUGAAAUUGAAAUUAGCAAAAGCUGAAUAAUAAAUUGAUUCACUUAAUAAUUAAUUAUAAAAUAAAUAAUAAGAAUUAGAUAAUUAGAUUGUGUUAAAUGCAAAAUUAUAAGAUAGAAUCAAAGAAUUAGAAUCUGAAUUACUUAAUCUUAAAAAAACUGUACAAAGUUUAUAAGAUUAAAAUAAUUCUAUUAAAAAUGAUCAUCAUAUGUAACUUUAAGAAUUGAGAGAAGAAAUUCUACGUAAAUAAGAAGAAAUUAAAGCUAUUUAAAAAUUAGCUGAUUAAUAUAAAGAAAAAUAUUUAGAAAAUGAUCGUUAAUUAGCUGAUUUGAAAGGUCUUGAAAGAAAAUUAAAUGAUAUUACAAUUUAAAAGAAUUAAUUGGCUGAUUUAAACACAAAUUAUUAAGAUUAAAUAAGCAAAUUACAAAGUGAAAUUAGAUCAUUAUAAAUUAAGAUUCAAGAAACACAUUUAUUUGAAGAUUAAAAUAAAUAAUAUGAAAUAAUAAUUGAAAAAUUAAAAGCAGAAAAUUCAUUAAAGAGCAAAGAAAUUACAGAACUUAAUAUAUAAUUACCUACAUAUAUGUAAUAAGUUUCUGAUUUAGAGAAGAAAUUAUUAAGAACAGAUCAAUAAUUCUAAAUCUAUAAGAAUGAAGUAGAAAGAUUGAGAUUAGAAAAAUAAAAUUUAUUAAAAGAAAUUGAAGAACUUAAAAGAAAAAAUAAGACUUAAGAAUAAAAGAUUAAUGAACUUAAUCAUUUAUAAGAAUUAAUUCCUUAAUUAGAAUAAAAAGCUAAUAGGUUAUAAAAUCAAGUAGAUAAAUUAUCAAAAUAAAAUUUAGAUUAUAAUGAUUAAAUUAAUCUUUAAAAUGAGUAAUUAAGUUAAUAAGAAUUAUAAAUUAGAACCUUAUUCUAAGUAAAAUCAAAUUUAUAAUAAUUGGAAUCUAAUUAUUCUUUAGUAGUCUAAUAAUUGAAUGAUUAAAGACUCUAAUCUACAAAAUUGGAAUAAGCAUUUUUAAAUGAAUAAUUAUAGCAUUAAAAGACUGCUGAUGAAUUAAAGAAAUCUGUUAAAGAAUUAGAUCAAUUAAGAAAUAAAAUUGAAUAAUUAGAGAAAUUAAUAAAAGAAUUGGAAGGAAAAAUAAUAAAAGAUAGAAUAUUAGAAUAAGAAUUAAAAGAAGCAAUCGGUUUCAACCUUACUUUGGAUACAAAACUUACAUAAGUAAGAUAAGAAAAUGAGUCUUUGAAAAAUGAGAUUGUUUAAUUAAAAGAAGAAUUAGAGUAAUGGAAAGCUAAAUAUUUAUAAAAAGAUAAUGAAGUUAAAACAUUAUAAGUUUAUAAAGCAGAAGCUAUAUAAAUGAGAUUAAUAAAUGAUGAAUUAACAGAUAAUUUUAAUAAAUUAACAAAAUAAUUGAAAGCAAUUACUUUAGAGAAAUAAAUAAUGGAAGAAGAUUUACAACAUUAAAUUGCAGAUUUGAAAUAGAGAAUUGCAGAAUUAGAAUAAUUAGUAGCAUAAAUUGAACCAUUACAAACUUAAAUUAAUGAUUUAUAAUAAUUGGUCAAUAAAUUAUAAAGUGAAAACAAAUAAUUAUCCAAAAAAUUAGGAGAAACUUAAACUAAAGUUAAAGAGUUAGAAAGUAAAAUAGAAGCAUAUGAAGUAAUGGAAAAGGAUUAUUAAAAAUUAUAGACAAAUUAUGCUGAAAAGUAUUAUUAUUAAAAAUUAUAUUUUAGAGCUUAAGAUUUGAGGAUGACAAAAGAAGAUUUAGAUAAGACAACUUUAUAAUUGGAUAAAGUGACAAAAGAAAAAGAGAAUUUAGAUAUGAGAAUAGCUAUGUUGGCAGCAGAAAUUGAGAGAUAAAAACAUUUAAAUAAAAAUAAAUAAGAAAAAAUAGAUGAAUUAACAAAUUAAAACACAGAUGUAUUAUUAAAUAAUAAUUUAAAUAGUUAUCAAAUGUUGUUGCAUAACUUGAACCAUUAGAUCCAGAAAAUACAAGAUUAUCAGAAUAAAUUUAAGAAAUGAAGAAAAAAGCAGAUCAAGAUUAAUUGGAUUUAAUGAAGAAAGAUGAUGAAAUAAAUAAAUUAAAUAAUGAAGUUUAUGGAUUGUAAAAUAAAGUAGCUUUGCUUGGACCAGAAAUAGAGAGAGCUAAACUAAAAUAUAAUGGAGCAUAAAAUACAAUAAAGGAUUUAGAAGAAAAAUUAUAAGAUUAUGAACAUUUAUAAUAGGAAUUAUAAAAUUUAGAUAAUGCCUUAAAUUAAGCUGAAGAGAAGGUUUAAAAUUUAGAGAAAGAAAAUUCAACUCUUCAUUAAACAUUAACAGCAAAGUCAGAUGAAUUAAACUAAGCUAAAGCUAGGUAAAUUUUGAUUAUAAAUAUAGUGUAAAUGAUCUUUAAAACUAAUUGAAUUUAUUGAAUGAAUAAUUAAUAAAUUAAUAAUAAUUAGAGAAUGAAUUAUAAUAGAGAGAUCAUGAGAAUUAAUAAUUGAAAGAAAAGAUUGGACAAUUAUAAUAAUAAAUUGAAUAAUUGGAAUAGAUUAAAGUAAUAAAUUAAUUAAUAAAUUUAGUAUGAUAAUGAAGGUAAGAUAGCUAUGUUAGCCACUUAAAUUGAAGCCUUAAAAUACAAAUAUUAAGUAGCUGAAGGUAAAUUAAAAGAACAAGAAGAUAUAAUUGGAUAAUUGAAUGAUGAUUUAGAUAACUUUGACAAACAUAUUUAAGAAUUAGAAGGUGAAAAUUAAGAUUUAAAGGCUAAAAUGCAAUAGCAAUCAAUUAGAGCUUAUUGAUACAUUC